AUGUUUGAUAAUCCGAUAGCAGCUGGAAAAAAAGCUGAAACAAAACUGGCAGGCCUAUUGGCUACCAAUAACCUACCAUUUUCUUUAAUGGAUGUACUCACUCCUCUGUGCAAAGACAUUUUUCCUGAUUCUAAAAUAGCACAAGAGUUAGCACUCCAAAGAACGAAAGCUACCCAAAUAGUGAGGAAGAGUAUUGCAGUAUCUUACAAAGAAGCAUUCUAUGACACGAUAGGGGCCAGGCAGGCCCUGGAAUCUCGACUAACGGCGGGGUCUGGAACUAUACGACGUGACAGCGUGGCGAGAAGAGAGAGGGACUACGAGAGUAACCAAUCUUCACAUGGCGUUAGAUGA